AUGAAGAUCAUGAAGACUGUAAAGAAGCCUAUGACCCUGGCUGGGGCCAGCAACUACCUAGCAUGGAGCAAAGCCCUAAAGGUAGCUUGUCAAGUGGAUACUGAGAAGAUUAUUCUGGAAAGACAAGAGACCUCACCACAGCCAGAGAACUUGAAGAUUUCACAAUACUGGAAUGUUCAGAAUAAAUGGCUACAUGGCCUAAUCAACAGUACAAUAUCUGCACAAGCCAGAGAACACUUCAAGGAAUUGGAUAGCCUUAGUGCCUACAAACUCUGGGAAGCUGAACCAAGGACUGCUAUGCAUUGGCACUACUGGAAUGCCAACUAA